GAUAAUGGAAUAAAAGUGAUUAAGUAAAUUUUAAAAAAUCAAUUUUUGUGUGACUGAGUUAAUAAGAAAAAUAAUCGUCCGUACAUCAAUGAAACCUACCCUGCAACCUUUCAACUUUAAACAUCUCUUCUCCUCACUGUUGUCACAUUUGUUUUCUCAACCAGUUUUUAAAAUUGUCUUUGUGUUCACUUUUUUGACUUAAAUUUUUCUUUUGCAAUUAAAUUGUAAUUCAACCCAUACUUCAUUGUGUUGAUUCAAUAUCAAUAGUGCUUCAUUCCAUUUGGAUUAUUGACCAUCACUAAAGUAAAAUAGUGUGUUGCCAGCUCUAUUCUCACCUAAUUUGAUCUUUUUAUAACCAUCGAUCGCCAAUCGUUUAAUCACAGUUGUUGCUUUUCGAUUCAAGAUCAACUCUUGAUCAACCUUCAUGGUCUCUUAGUGCAUUAAAAUCUAGUCUGACAAAAAAUACAAAUGUACCACGAAUCAAUCAAAGCCAAAUUCACUUUGGAGGAUUUCAUCGCUAGUCAUAAACAAAUUUUAAGUGAGAAAGAAGGAAACCUCAAAUUUCUCAAACGUGCUUUAGCUGAUCUCAAUUUAAAUCAUUAUUCGAUUCCACUGCCAUUGUCUAUAUUUAAACAUACUUCCAAAGAACUGAACGAUCCCAGCGAUGAAGAAGCUCCAGAUGAUCCUGAUCAAGUUAAACUUACCAAGGCUCCAACUCCUGAUUACGAUGAAUCGAGCUAUUUUUUGAGCAAAUUAGGAGAACACGAGGAACAGAGGCGAAGAUAUGCUGAAGAGCGUCGUAAAGAGUACAAUGAAUACCUUAAAGAGGCCAAGUUUGCAACAUCACGGAUUAAACUGUUGGAAAGGAAGGCCGAAGCUGCUCGAAUGGGCUCUCCACUUCGUAGUUAUGCUGAACUGUUGGAUGAGAAACGUGCAAAUGAAAAGGCUUACCGUUCAAUGAAUGACCAUCAUAUAACUACCGAAGGCACUUCCUAUGAGCCAGAUUUUUUCGGUUACCAAGCUAAGCGUCAUCGAGACUCUGGAUUUGAUAUACUCAAUUGGCAAUCAAAGUAUCCAGGCAAUGAUGUAGAACCUCUUGUACCAAAGAAUCGGUUAUUAGCAACUCAUUCAAGUCGUGUUAAAGCUUGCCAGUACAAAGAAGAGCUAAUGAAACAAAUUGAAGACAAACAUCGACGGGAAGAGGAAAGAUUAAGACGUGAGAAGGAAGAAGAACUUUUGAUUGAAAAACGAUUAAACGAACAACGAUUGCGACUCUUGAAAGAGUAUGAAGAUGAACAACGUCAACAAAAGAUGAAGGCCGAUUCCCUUGCCCGUAAACAAGAGAUUAUUAAAGAAAUGAUUUCUGGUAAAAAAACUGUCGACAGAUCAAGUGUUAGUGAUCGAAAUGAAGCUACACAAACUAGUCCUGUUAAGCCUGAUCGUAAACCUGUUACACCAGUCAAACCAAAAUUACCACGAAGUCCUAGCUAUCUUCAUGUUCGCCAUCCUAAAUCACCUGGUAAUCGAAAGUCUCGUCUCUCCCUGGAAUCACGAUUGAUUCAAGAGGAAAUAAAUGCAAUGACUAGUCCAACCUCCAUUCGAACCUCUGUUAGGCCUGGCAAAGGUUUGAAAAGUCCUUUGAAAAACGGUCUUGGAGGAGAUGAAAUUCAGUCCAGUGAGCCUGCCAAAUAUCAACCUCCUGAUCCAGUUGAACUGGAAAAAGUCAACUUUUCUGCUGAAAUUGAAAGUAAUAAAAAUGCUGAUUUAAAAGGUGAUCGUGUACUGGCCAGAUUGUCCGAAGUUAGGAAGAAGAUGCAAGAAGAUCAUCAAAGAAUGCUUCAACAAUUGAAAGAUAAUAGUUAGAAGAAUCAUUUGGUACUUUAAUUUAAUUUGAUUAUUUAUUCAAAGUAAAACUUCAAAGUAAUUUGUAUUGUUUUUGUCAAAUGGUUUUUGCCUUCAUUUUAUAUCAGUGUAAAUCUUUUCUAUCUUUUGUAAUUUUAUUUAAUAAAACACUUGCUGUACCUUUUAA